CUGGCUUGCUGCCUGGAGGAAGGAGCCUCGCGCGGCGCUUGGGUCACUGCGUCUCAGGCUGCUUGGGUGCGGGGAAGAGAAAGUGAGAGUGAGCGUGAGAGAGGGCCGAAGAGGUUGUGCGCAGAGGCGCCAUUGGGCGCUUAAGCCUGCCAUGGCGAUGGGCUCCGAGAUCUGUUGGGUGUGCUGUGGUAUCUCUGCGGUGAACGUUCACGGCGCGAACAGUCGCGCCUGCCAAUGGGGAAAGGCGGCCCAGGCAUUCAACACGCAACACCAAGUCCGCGCUCCUGAGGCCUGUAAACAAUGCGAUACCUCUCGCACCAUAACGGCCUGGCGAUUCCUCAUUGCUUUACUGUCCACGUUCCUGCAGCUUUGUGAUGAGCGAGACAGCCUCGCAGCACAUCCCAGCGACGAUCACAAGGUGGCCCAAGCUCCUAAGCUCUGGUGGAGCCAUGGCUGCUCGACCACUUUCCCUUCCGCACUCCAUCAUGAGAUCACUUUGCCCCCCUAGCUGUAUUCCAUCCAUCUCCUAGGCUUAUAGAGCUAAGCCUUCAGCUAUGAGGCGAUGCGCCGCAAUCAAAGCCUUGGCAUUGGUGAGGACCAGCAUUGGCGCUCCUUCGUGUACGAGCAGCGGACAUCGGGUCGUACGCGCUUCUGUAUAUAAAGAAGGCCAUCAA